AUGACAUCAGCAAUCCGCCCAGUUCGUGCUGCGCUCAUCGGGCUGUCUUCCUCGGGAAACUCAUCGUGGGCCUCGGCAGCCCAUCUCCCAGCAUUGCUUACCGAGACUGGACGCUCAAAGAUCACCAUCGCCGCGCUGGCUAACAGCAGCGUUCAGGCUGCAGAGUCCGCCAUCCAGAAGUACGGACUUCCGGAGCACACCAAGGCAUAUGGGUCGCCAGAAGAUCUCGCAGCUGACCUUGACAUGGACCUCGUCAUAUGCAACACCCGGGUUGACAAGCACUACGAGACAAUCCUUCCCAGCAUCAAGGCAGGCAAGGACGUCUAUGUCGAAUGGCCAAUCGCCAGCAACAGGAAGCAAAUCGACGAGAUCGUCGAAGCGGCCAAGAAGAGUGGAUCAAGAGUUGCUGUGGGCUUACAGAGACGAUGGACACCACCAGCUGCGAAGCUAAGAGACAUAUUGGAUAGUGGAAACGUUAGACUUGGUAAAGUGCUCAGCUCAGACGUGCGCGCUUUCGGGGGCACAAAUGACAGGGAGACGAUGCCUACUGGUCUGAAGUAUUUCUCUCAAAAGGAUAUCGGCGGAAAUGCUAUCGUGAUAGUGCUUGACAUCGUACUCUCAGUUGUAGGCCGACUUGACGCACAGUCCGUUUAUUCGAAAUCACAGAUCCAGCGCCCCAACAUCCGCAUCCAAGACCCUCAAACCAAGCAAACGGUUGAACAAGUAACCACCGACGUACCCGACUUCCUAGCCGUCCAUGGCACAAUAGCGCACUCUCUUCUCACGGCCCCAAAUGCAACUCUCUCCUUCCUGUUCCGACGCGGUCAGCCAUUCCCCGGGACGCCAGCUCUGACAUGGACUAUCAACUGCGAAUAUGGCGAGAUUCUUAUUACAUCUGCCACGCGUAUGACUUUCCAAAUGAGUGAAGGAGAUGAGCCGGUCGUGGUACAGGUGCACCAUUUCGAUACUCAAGAGGUGGAGAAUGUAGUCUGGGAUUGGAGCGAUAUGCAGAAGGAUGUACCCGUUAUUGGACGAGAUGUAAUGACCAGUCUUUUUGCGUUUGCAGAGGGCAAGGCUGAGGGAGAGGGAUGGGUGGGCUUGGAGGAUGCAGCGACAUAUGCACGGAUGGUUGAUGGGUUCUUAGAAGAGUGGCAGGAGAAUCAAAUAGGUUAG